UUCUAACUUGUCUUCAUUCUUUAAUAAUUCAUGUGCCUUUGAUCUAAAACCAUUAUUUAGAAGUCUGGCCCUAUUAUGAGUAAGAAACAUGGCUCUGACCGUGAAGAGUUACUUAAAGAUGAAGUGUAAGUGUGCUACCAGGAAAUUCCUUUAUUAGUACAGGUAAAUUUCCUUCCUUAAAAUGGCCCCCCAUCCCUCUUCCCUUCCCUACCUCUCCCUUUUCCUUUUCUAUUUUUUAAACACAGGAUCUUCCUGCUUGGGACAUUGAACUUGCUAUGUGAACCAGGGCGGCCUUCAGAGUGCCAGAAUUAAUAUGUGCUGCUAUACCCUAUUUUGAUGGCAUUUUCUUUCUUUCCUUUUUUUAGCUUGUUUACUAGCUUCUGUGUGCCAGAAAUAUUAAUGAUUGUUUUAAAUUAAACUUGGAUAGACUGGGAUUGGAAACCAGGUUUCUGUCAUGAAAUAGAAUAUAUGAUAACUAUAAUUUUUUCCUUAAUAGCAUAUUGUUGAAAUGUUUUGUUUAUAAAAAAUUAUCUCCUAUCUGUAGAGUGAAUGUACCAACUAAAGGCCGACUGAAAGGCAAGCAACACUCAGAAGAGAACGUAGACCAGUCAGGACAUCCUUAGGGAUAAAAUGGCCUCCUGAAGUGUAGAAUCUGCUGCCCCUUCAUUCGUCUUCCAGAAGUGUGCUUAGGAACUUUUGAAUGGGCAGCAUUGCAGUCAAGAUUAGAGCUCAUAAAGAAAAAUCUUAAUUUCUUUUAUGCAUAAAGCAUGUACAUGUUUAGUUGGUUUCUUAGCUGCUUCCCCUGGUUUUUCUUCACUUUAGUCCUCUGAGCAUUUUUCAUUGACUUUCUACUUUCUCAGUGUUUUUUCCAUUUGAGGGUCUGUGUACAUUUGUAUGUUAGGGAAUCGUCUUCCCUGCCUCCUUCUCUUUGCUGAGUCAGGGUUUUUCCCUCCUUUAAUGAAAUCAUAGGGAUUAACUGUGGUCCCUGGGCUGAGAUUGCUGGGUUCCCUUUAGCUGCUUUUUCAGAUAUCCUGAAGAACAUGUCAAGCAGUGACCAGGACUUUGUUGGAGCCAGAAUGAAUUCACAGGCUGGUGUUUUCUAGGAUAUUCGUAUCGAUUUUUCUCUAGCAGCUAAUCAAUCAGCUUCAGUUGUGUUCUCAAUGGAGCAAACCUUUGUGUGUGUGCAGGGUGAGUGGUGUGGAAACAGCACCUUCCAUUGCUGUCUCUGAAUCAAAACGUGGGGAUGAUGGAUGGGCCGUUUGCGCGCAUACCGUGUGCUUUUCUAGAUCUCAUUUGUGUGUUGUUCCCCCUGCCCCCUCUCCCACAACACACACACACACACACACACACACACACACACACACACACCUUUUUCUGCCCUCAUAAAUCUGAAAGGCCCUUGCAAGGAAUGUGACAUUAAUCAGUUACAGGAUAUAAUGUAAAUUGUGGAUGAAGUAUUCAGAAUAAAAAGACAAUUUUGGAUGCCUAGUGAUUUCAGUAUUAGUGCUGAAAUUUUAAAAAUCAUAUUUGGAGCUCCAGACUGGCAAAGAGCACUGUCUGUUAUGGCUAAGAUUAAUUGUGUGAAACAAUGAGUAGAAGGACCUUGCUUCCUGCUAUAUGUUGGGUAGUUAAGGCUAGAAGCAAUACUGGAUUUUCAGUUGUAUUAUCCAGAUUGCUCCUUUGUGGCGCUUGCUUCCAUAAAGCCCCACUUGACUAUCUAUCACCUCUGGUGGUGAUUACUGUAUAAUGCUUUUGCUCCAAGAUAAAAAAGAGACCAAUAAUGGCAUCAUAUUCAUUUGUAUGGCAGUUAAAUGUCUAAUUCCCUUAUCUUUUUAUUUGCACAAUAUUCAAAUAAAAUAAUCAAGUAAAUCUCUCUUAUAGAUCACCUGCAUAUACAUGUUUGCUAUAGAUUGUCAACUCUAGAAGGGAUUUAAGUACCAUGUGUUAAAUAAUUUUAUGUAGUGCACUAUGAAACUGGAAGCUGCAUAAAGCUGUGCCUGUUUGAAAGAGAGGAGGCCAUUUGACUGACCUGGGAGUGCUGACAGUCUAGGCAAGCAGGGAAAGAGUGAGUUUCAUCAUCUCGCGAGGCAAAUGUAUAGUGCAGCGUGAGACAUGUACGCGCUGAAGGCUUGGAGGACUAGCAGGCUCAUUUAUCAUCAUGCAGAUAGGAUCGAAGGCACAGCUGACAGUUAUGGAGGACUUACUUUGCAAAGUGUUGGGAUUAAAAGGAUUAAAAGCACAUGGACUGUGUUUUAAGGCACUCCUCUCUGUUCAGGAAGGAGGCUACCAAGUGGGAGUAAUGGCAAUGUUUCGCUUAGCCCCUGCUGGCCUACAGCUUGUUAGUGUGAGAGAGAAUAACCUUGUACUUCUUGUACCUCCUGGCUCUGCUUUCAAAAUGUUGGCACUGAGGGCAUGCAUUACCAUACCUGGCUUUGGAGUGAUGAGACGUUAAGUAUACAGAACCAUGAAGCAAGUCUUAGGCUGCAAGAGCUCAUUGACCUUCGAAAAAUUUAAGUGGGCUGUUUGGAGUAUAAAAACAUGCCCAAAUAUCAAUAGUGGUGUCGCUCCUCGGAAGCCCUUAUGUCCCUCUCCACUUCCUCUAACACUGACAUUCCUUGCUUGUCAGCCUACUCAUCAGUGGUCUCUGUGUAGAGUCUUGCUGGCCAUUAGCCCUCAGUGAUCAGCCAUGGUCCUCCCUAAUGACCCUUAAGAUCCAAGAUACCAUUCGGAAUAUCAGAGUGUAUGUUGUGCUAGAGACCUAUCGUGGCUCCCUGAGUUAACGUGACUAUUGGAACUAUAUGGCUACUGUUCACUCAAUAGAUGUUUCCUUAGCAUUUGUUGGAGGCAGUUUGGAUUUCUGCUUGAGGCUUGAGCUGUAGAAAGGUUGUGAUUUCAGUAUAUGCCAUGAUUGGUCCGGAGCAGCUUUUAUAAAAGACAUUAGGUUAAAGCAUAUGUGGUGGUAUACAUGGGUUGGCCAGUCUUCAGUAAUUGUUGGGUGAGUGGCUAACGGAAAUGAUCAAGUCUCAUGUAAUUCCAUGUGCUUCUUGGGGCCUCUAAGGAAAAGGUGGCACGGAAAACCCAUGUUUUGGAAAUGAGCAGAAAUCCAACUGGGCUUCAGAGUUCGUCUAGUGCACUUAACUGAACAUAGACUGGAUUGUAUGACACAGAUGUUUAGUAGUGAUGGCUAUCCGAGGUUUUUCAGCUGAGAAAAACUAACUCAUUUGCUGCCAGUGCACAGGUAUCUACAGCUUUACGAGUUGGGUAUGUGCGCUUAGCUCGGCAUUAAUGACGGGUACAUAAAUAUGCAUUUGCCUUGUUAUUUUGCAUUCUUAGCAGCACUCUGCAAAUUAUUUUGGGUGACAAUGGGGCGCAAGUUCCCCCAAGGGUGUGUUUUCAGAGUUUGAAUUGAGGCGAUCUGUUUCUGGGGUGGUUUUGGUGAACUUUGAAAGUUGUAAGUUAGUGUGGAAGGUUGUUUUGGGGAAUUUUAACCGCCUUGGAAAGCUGUAACUGUUACCUGGUGGUUUCUGAACCUGACCUCCGUGGGAUGUUUUCUGGGAAGAAGCACUUCUCUGUGCUGCCAGCAGCUUGUGCUCAUUCUGCAGAGUCUGCAGUUUCUCACACUGGCUGUCAGUUCAUUUCAUUUGAAAACUUAUUAAAUUUCUUCUCCUGCUCCCGUGGAUAUUAAAUUGCCGUAAACACCCUUACACAAUGUCACGUAUGGUGAGCACAAUUUUCUGCAUGAAAAACAAUGUUUGUUAGUGGGACCUUGGCUGUCUGCAGAGGUUAUAAACUCCUGUAUUUCUUUUAUUUGCUGCCCUCCAUCUACUCUUUAUAUCUCUUGGUCAGUUCUAACACAUUCCUUACUGCUGUGAUAGAGGAGAAAAGUUUGAUUUAGGUUGCUGACUUGGAAACUCAGGCCCUUUAAUGUAUCAUUUCUGAUAGUGUUAACAGGAGCAGGGUGAAAGCCAGAGGCUAGAAAACCCAACAGUGACGAUGUAGUUAAGUGAAAGGAAGUUGAUGAUUAAAUGAACUGAGUGAUUAAGGAAAUGAGUGAUUAAAUAAUUGUGUGUGUGUGUGUGUGUGUGUGUGUGUGUGUGUGUAUGAGUGUGUGUGUGUGUAUGAGUGUGUGAGUGUGUGAGUGUUUGUGUAUGUGUGCUUGUGUGUGUAUAUGAGUAUGUGUGUGUGAGAGUGUGUGUAUGAGUGUGAGUGUGUGAGUGUGUGUGUGUGUGUAUAACUAUAGGUGUUACAUCUUUUUAAACUCAGAAGGAGUCUGAUCUCUAAACCAUUGAUUGAAAUGCAAAUAUCUGGCCAAAUUUUUGAUCCAGUAGCUUUGUCAUAAACCUAGUAUUAUGCAUUUUUUCUCAAAUAAGUCACCACCCAUAACUGAGAUGAAGGUGAAGUGUAGACCACCCCUGGAGACUUUGUUUUCGGAAGUAUUAUGACUAAACUAAUGCUAACAUUUGAUCAGAAUACUCAGUGAAAGAGUGAAGAGGUUCACUAUUUAUGUGUGGUAACAAAAGUCCUGCCUGAAUGUUUCCAUGUUUUAAGUAUGUGUAUCAGCUCUCUCAUUUUUAUGUUAAGACUUCUGUAUUCUUUAAGUUGUGCUUCUAUAGUAAAACACCACAGACUCCUGGACAUGGGGCUGGAUAUCCGGAUUCCUAUGUAUGCAGGUGGCUGAGGAGGGAGGAUUGCUUGAAUUCUAGAGUUUAACACUAGUCUGAAUUACACAGCAGGACACCAUCACAAAAACAAAAUGGCGGGGAGUAGUGGGACAUAUCUUUAAUUCUAACACUCCUUAGGUAGAGGCUAGUAGGUCUCUGUGAGUUCAAAGGCAGCCUGAUCUUUACAGUGAGUUCCAAGCCAAUCAGGUUUACAUAGUAAGGUCCUGUCUUACUGUGUAACAGCAAAAUGACACAAACCUGGUAAUUUACAAGGAACAGAAUGUUAAGUACUCAUUGUUCUGAAAAUGGGCAGUCCAGGAUUUGCUGACAGUCUGGUAGGGGCCCCGUCUCUGUUUCAGUGGCAGUGUGUUGCUGUAUGCUCUGAAGUUAAUUAUGGAAGGGAAGGAAAGGAACCCCUAAGGCCUUCUCUGCUCCUAAAGACCCUACCUUUUAAUGUUGCUGAAGCUUCAAUUUGAACUUUGUGUUGGAUGCAGAUGAUGCUUACAUUAAAGUACAGCAUCCCUUGUUUAAAGAUGCUUUUAGAAUACAGAUUCCACAAAUUUAACCCCAAAAGGCUCUGAGAGUUCAGGAGGAGUUUUCUAUGGUCUUAAUGGUUGUCAACUUUUAGAGCCCAGACAGUUGUGAUACCAUUAUAAGUGAGGCCUGGAUUUGGAGACUCUGCUUUCUUUACCCUGUGAGCAUCCUUGCAUCCUGUACUCUUCCAGGUGUGAGAAUGCAGCCAGAAGCCCCAUCCUUGAAACAGAGUGUGAAUCUGCCUGGGUUUCGUGCCAGAAAUCAUUCCAACCUCUGUGGAUAACAAAUACAUGCUCUUUAUAAAUUACUUACUCCAAGAUAUUUUGUAAUAGCUCUCUGAAUAGUCUAAGGGAGCUAUAUGUUAGGAAAUUUAUAUUUUAAAAACUCCAUAAUUGUGGGAAUCAAUGUCCUAGAUAUUUUCUGGGCCUAGUUUUUAAUAUUACUAAAAGUCUUUUCUUAAGUAUGAUAUAUUUUGAUGAAAAUGACUAGAUUCUUUGAAAGCAGGAUUUCUUAUAAUUAGCAGAAUCAAGAGACCUUUAACUCCCUUUAAACAUGUUUUAUAAAACAAACAUUCCUUGUAUUAUGGAAAUAAUCCGCUGAUCAGUGCUAAUGAACUAAUUAGACUUGUAUUAAUUGCCUUUCUGUCACUACAGUAAGACACUGUGUCGAAGGCAACUUAUAGAAGUAAAAAUCUCUUUUGUCCAUCAUGGUGAGCAGGAGCAGGAAGCUGAGAAAUCACAUCUUCAACUUCAAACAAAGCAGAGAGAACACUGGAAGUGGGGCCAGGCUAUGGAUUCUUGAAGCUUGCCUCCAGUAAUGCACUUCCUCCACUAAGCUCUGAGCAGUGCUACCAGUUGGGGAGCAAAUGUACAAAUACCUGAGGGGGUGGGGGGAAGGGGAGACACAUUCUCAUUCAAACCACUCUAGACCUUUUGUUUACAGAAACACUGAAGUAAUGUGUUGGCGUUUGUAAUUUUGUGUGUUUUUUUUUUUUUUGAAGAAUAAAUUUAAGAAGAUUUAAAUUUUUAUUGUGUAGAAAUCUACAUCUCUACUAGAUUGGAAAGCAUCUAAUUUGCCCCAUUUGCAUGGUAGAAGAUAACACAGUUGAGAAUAGUAGAUUAGGUAAAGGGACUUUCUGAGCUGGAAGAUAAAAGCAGUGGCCUCUUAGGAGAGAGGCCAAGGGGAGUGCUCUGCACCAGGAAGGACCAAUGCAGCUCAUACUUGAGUGCAGGUUGCACUUGGCACCAGUGGGUGAUAGCCUCUGGCUGCAUCCUCCUCUCACACUGAUGUGCACCUCGCACACUGUCUCCACCCUGCCCUCCCCUUACUCACUGAACCUAGCACUUCUCUUAUUUUCCCUUUUUGUUUGGUGUGCGGGUACCUGCAAGUGUAUAGAAUUCAGAGGUUUUCUCCCACCUAAUUUUUGUGAUGCCAAAUUCUUAGAGUUCAGUGGGGAAUUGAACAGGUAUUCUCACUAGCUUAACAGCGAAAGAACAACGAAUAAAGAAAAAGGAUACUAAAUAUAAAUUGUAUGUACUUUGGAGGAAGCAGUGAAGUCAUAUAGGAUAAAAGUUGAAUGGAAUGCAGACUGCUUUGGCAGUCUUUGUUGGCCCAGGACCUUCCUCUUUCUCACCCUCCAUCUUGAUCACUCUAACAGGAAGGAACCCUUUAGUGAAUGUCUUCCAAGUCCUAGAGGCACAGCUCUGCAAUGGCAGUUUCCACUCUGUGUGUCUGCUAGGUAGGCUUGCUUCCGGUUUCCAGAUGGGAAAACUAAGAAGGAAAGAGAAUAAAUUCUUUUCUUAAAGUCACUGAGCCAACUAUGUGAAUGCACAGUAGUACCUAUCCUGUUGUUGAUCAACAUACAAAAUACUGUACAGUAAUCCAGUCCUGCAGUUAUCAGUAAACAUAGUAGCUUACACAGCUGGGAACUGCAAGCUAAGAACUGCUGGGUGUGAGUUUGGGCUUUUUCCACACUUCACGGUUCCUGGUGAUAGGACAGCAAUUCUUAAAACCAUAAUCCUGAUCUUACUGCACUCUUACACAGUUGAAGACAUAUUUUAGUUAUCCGACUAAACUCAAAAGAAGUGAACAAGGAGGAAGGACCUGAAAAAGCAGGGUGCAGCCUGAGAAUCACGCUGUGUUCCUUACACAGUGGUUGUAAUGCCUAUAUGUAUACAUACACAUGCCUGACCACACAUGUCCACGCCUGGGUACCUUACACAGUGGUUGUAAUGCCUAUAUGUAUACAUACACAUGCCUGACCACACAUGUCUCCGCCUGGGUACCUUACACAGUGGUUGUAAUGCCUAUAUGUGUACAUACACAUGCCUGACCACACAUGUCUCCACCUGGGUACCUUACACAGUGGUUGUAAUGCCUAUAUGUGUACAUACACAUGCCUGACCACAAAUGUCUCCACCUGGGUAACCUCUUCAGAAGAAACACUGGAUUCCAAACAUGUUUUCCAUGUGGCAAAGUAUGUAUGGAUUGCCUGGGAAUUUUGCUGACUUGGGAAUGCUAUACUGGUUAGUAAUGUAAAGCCUGUGCGUCUGCAGGUCAUCCUGAUUCAAGGGUCUUGCGUCACAGUGGGUAGAAAGGUCCUAGAGAAUGGCGUGAUCUGCAUGGCUCUUCAUAUUUUAGUCUAAGAGUGGUUUAUUUUAGCAGCAUAGUCUGGCCCCAGCCGUAGAGAAUUCUUUGUUUCUCUGUGGUGACAGAGCUUGCUAAACGUAGAGUGCUCUACUUCUGUCUCCCACUUGGCCACCUUGGCGGUGAGGACUGCCUGGGGCUCACUUCUCCCCAUGUUUCAAUUAAUGUUCAGUAAUGUGAUUUGAAUGAGUGCACGUUGUGUGCCGUGAUGAUUCUCAUAAUUAGAUAGGAAGCCUUAGCAGCCUGUGUAGGGAAUGCUCUCAGAAGGAACCUUACACAUGUCUGGAUCCACAAGUUGGAAGGAAUCGCCACCCUAGCACCCAUGAUUGGUAAAGAAGGAUGCAUUGUUCACAGAUGUGAAGUCAUUUGGGAGAACAAAAUAGAUUGGGCACAUGUGAAUGUUACAUAAACAAUAGCAAGCUAGGGAAUAUUUGAAACAAAGACAAUCUUUUACAUAGGAAUUGUUGAGGAAAAUAAUUUAAGAAGAAGAGAUCAGUUUUCUUUGGGGAAAAAUGGGGUUGAUAUAAACUUUACCAUGUGAAUUCAUUUCCAUUUUUAUAUCUGUAUUUGUUCACUGCAGUAACAUCUGGGCUUUAUUUUUCAGACUUGAAAUAACUUACAUUCGAUGGUCUGACCUUUAGUUAUGAUUGCACUGACUUUCAGAUGUAAUUCACUAUGUAAUUAGUUUAUGUAAAAAAGAGGGGGCUGUGGGAGGAGCUUGGUUCAGUGUUAAGUGGAGAAUAAAUUGAAUAAAGAUUUUUAAAUAACUUCUCUAACAUGAUUAGUUCAGUAUUUGAAUGUAUCCAGCAAUAUUUUUGGAACUGGAUUUUCAAGUAAUAUAUGCCUUUUGUAAAUUCAUAAAUAUUUUAGUCAUGUGAAAAAUAGCUUUCUGUGUUAAUUUUGAAAACCUGUGUUAUUUCUCAGGUUGCCUAACAUUUUGUAUUUUAUUGCAUGUUUCUUGACUUAAAUUGAUGACCUUUAAAAUAGCUUACUUUGAAUAAAUACAAGAGAGUCAUGUGGGUUUUUGUUUUGUUUUGUUUUAAUGGCACAUUAGCUGAGGUCAGUGUGGAUGUUACUCUUCAUUGUUUCUACUCCUAAGUAGAGGAUUUGUGAUAUGAAGACAGUGCUAUUAAUAUUUUGCAUUUUUUCUGAUGAAUGCUGGAACAUGAGAACCAACAAUGACUAAUUUCUAAAUUAGUCAUUUGGAAAUUAAAAAAAAAAACAGGAUUUUUUUUUUCAGUAAAACAUUAGAGUACUAAAUCAUAUGGCUUCCAGAAUAGUUGGUUUGUUACUCAGGAUGCUAUAGACAAAGAGAAACUUUAAUGGAAGCUUGGCAGGACAUAUUUUGGGUGAAACCAGAUCUUUCUUUAAUGGGGGAUCAUCUAAUUUCUGAUAUCAUACUUGUUCAACCAUGGUACUGAUGAGUUUUCUUAAACAUGGAUUCCAGGAAUCAGAACUACUAACCUGGGGCUGGAGAGAAAGCUGAGUGGUUCAGAGUGAGUACUGCUCUUGCAGAAGACCAGAGUUCGAUCCCCACCACCCAUGUCAGGCUGCUAGGACCUACCUGUAACUCCAGCUCCACAGGAGCAAGUAUUCUCAUAAACACAGACUUACAUGUGUAUACAGAAAUAACAAUAAUAAAAUUAAUCUUUAAAAUCUCCACAAAACAGCUAACAGAAAUCAACAAAGCCUUAUUUCACAAGCCAGGUCGAAUCUUUGUCCAUAUCUGAUUGUAGUCCUGCCCCCUCCCCCCAGCCCCCUGUUUGCACUGUGAUGGCGCUUUUGAUGACCACUGUGUGCUUUUGGCUAUAACUGGCAUGCUAUGCUGCUUCAUCACUCUUUAUGUUGACUGUGAAUUGAGUACCAGGUAAUCUCUGUACUUUUCCCUCUCUCUGGCCUUUCAUCCCAUCCUUCCGUUCCAUGCUCAGUGACUCCUGGCUGCUGGUGCAGCUAGCCCUGCUUGCUGCUGGUGCCACAGCUAGCCCUGCUUGCUGCUGGUGCAGCUAGCCCUGCUUGCUGCUGGAGGAAGAGUUUAAAAUGCAUAGUUCUUCCUUAAGGAGCCAGUUGCCUUGUCCUUUGCUGCAUUGUAAUAACGCGGUCGUUUCGUCAGUUGAUAGCCAUGUAAGGCAAGACGUUUCGUCAGUUGAUAGCCAUGUAAGGCAAGACCUCCCUAGAACUGCAGUCACAGUGCUCUGUGAUGUCCUCAAGCGUCUCCUGUGUGGUCAGCUUUGCUGCCCUAGGCUGCUUCCUAAGAUUAGAUACCUAAUAAAAGAACUCUGAGCUUCAGACCAAAGGCGUAAUUUUUGUCCCUGGGACCUUAAUGUAUUGAGAUAUAUUAUUAAUAUUCCAGAGUCAGGGCCAGAGUGAAACCUGUCUGAAACAGCAGCAGCAGAGGCAACAGGAAAAAUUUAAAAGGAAACUCGUUCAUAUUUCAUAGUGUAGAAGUCUAUAUACGGUGACUACCGUAAUGAUGUUAAUGGUGCGGAAAGCUUAAUUCCGCCAUGUGUACCCAGCAACUUGAAGCUUGUCAUCCAUAAAGAUACUUGGAAUCUCCAGUGUCCUCAUUGGGGUAGCCCCAGCGCUUCACAUCUACAUUCUCUGCAUGCUGCAGACUAGCAUUAAAUGAACUGUGACUUUUAAUUUGAAAUGUAUUUGCAAACCAAUUUCUAUAAAAAAUGGAUUUAUAGCUUGAAAACGGGUACCUCUGAGGCGCUUGGUAAGUCCCGUCCAUCUUCAGGGGGUAGUUGUGCCUGUUUCUGAUUUUAGGCAAUUGCAUUUGUGGUGUGCUUGUAUUUUGCUUCAGUUUGUGAGAACUAAGGGUCCCUAGAAAGAACAAAAAUAAACCCACUUUUGUUCUGAGUUUAUUUGCAAACCAGGUCAGAGGCCCUUGAUUAGCUCUCAGUUGGAGGAUAAUUUGAACCUUGACAGAUUGAACCCAAACAGCAGGGGUUUUCUAGUGUGGCCAGUAGAUAGCAAAAGAGAAGAAGAGCCAGUUCCAGUCCCCAGGCCAUACAACAGGACUGAAGAGAUGUGCUGCGGUUAAUGGGUGGUUGCUUCAAAUAUUUACGGAAGGUCCAAGGAAGAAAGAAAAGCUAGCAUCGUAGGCAGCUGUUUGUAAGGGAAACCUAUUAAAAAUAAACAUGCUGGAUAAGGCUCCAGGGCUAAUAGAGCUGUCAGAUACCGAAUACCCUCCAAGGACCGUUGCACAGGACAGACCUCAUAAGGACCCACUUGGACAUGGGAGUUGCCUUGCUCUUUGUUUUAUUCAACAAAUUGUUUUCUUUCAUGUUUGAAUUUGUUUUACUUUUUCAACUGUCCAUACAGAUAUUUAAUAUUUUCUAGACUAUGAAGUUUAGAUACUAGGGUCAGCUCACUUACAUUGUAUCUAUUAGGAUAAAGUUGGGUAGAUGGCUUGCAUCUAGCCUCAUACCAUCUGGGCUUGUAAAGAAAUGCAUAUUAUAUGGUGGUUUGUAUAUGACAGUAACAGCAUUUCGCUGUGAUGACAACAUUGCUGAGAAGUUCUGUACUGACACGAAAGUGGAGCCUGAGGCAGUGAGGGUUUGGGGUCCAGGCUGAGUACUGGUGCAGGUAAUCUUGUCUGAGGAUGCUUUUCAGAGUCCGUAGCAGAGCAUCUACCUCUUUAAUGUACUACACCACUUUAGAACUUAGCUGAAAUAACAACAAAUUGUACUGGUACUAUGUGUAUGGUUGACAUUCAUGUAUCAGUAUUCUCAUUUUAACCAUUUCUUAAUUCUUUGGGGGGAAAAAAAGAGCAAUUUUAAUUUCCCAAGGCUUGAAUUUACAUCUGAGUAUCUUUGCGCAGAGGCUUAUGGGGAGGAUCAAGUCAUAGGGAUCUUGUUAUUGGAUCGACUGCCUGCUUUCAGGUCAGUUUCCCAACUAAUGCAUGGGUGUGGCCAUCCUCAUUCCACUUUUCUAGAGAAGAGACCCUGGCACAGACUGAGAGAGAAGCCAUAAUCUCAGAAUCUGACUUUAUAAUCUGAGCCUGCCCUGUCCUCUCUGCUCAUGUUCUGUCCAUAGUAGCAAAGCCACUCAGGAUGCUCCUGGGGUGUUUGCAGGCACAUUUUCUCCAUCCCUAUCUAAACUCCUAUGGGCAGAAGCUCUGUAAUUACCUGUCAGCUGGAAUAGUGUUUAAUCACCCUGAAUUCACGGAGAUUCACUAACGUAAGAGGAGAACAUGCCUGGAGAGCAGGCAGUGAUGCUUAUAGGCACCCCCUUGAAUAACCCAGGAAGAAAACUAGCCAGUCUCUUUAAUUUUCAGCCAAGUCUUGCUUAUGUGUAGUAAACAAGGCUGUUUUGAUUUUGCCACUUAUUACUGCAAUGAGGGGAUUGUAUUCUGACCUGCACAUGCAAGCUGGUCAAUGCCGGCACCGCUGAUAGUUUUAAGUGAGGAGUCCCCUUCCUCCUGGGUGGAAAUGGGUCUCAGCAUCUCCCACAGCAGUGACUGCAAUGGUGGUGAAAUCUGCAAGUCUCUCUUCCUUAUUUAUUGGAUCUGGCCUCCACUGAUAACACUACAUUUUUGCCCCACUCUGCAGUUAUAUUAGACCCUUAAACUUAGACUCUUUGUACUUCAUCAUUGUAAUUUACACACUGGGCUGGGACAUUCCCUUCAAGACAGUUUGUCUUGUGCCUCCAGCUGCUCCCCAAUAGCCAUUGUGCUGAAUAAGCACUUAGUUCAGUAUGUCCUUGAUACAAUUAAUGCAGGCAUCUGCAGAAGCGGCCUCGGCAGCAGCAGCUGCACUGCCUUAUGGAAGCCAACUUCUGCUUAGCAUUGUGAUAAAAGAAAUAGUUUGGAGCUGAAGCUAAUGUUGGCUUAUUUUUAGCAUAAAGAGAGUUGCACCUGCCAGGGCUGGGAGAGGCCUGAGGUUUGUUGAUUACAAGGUCUUGUUAGUGCCAUUGUUAUUGGUAAAAUGGGCAUGAUGUCAUCCUCAGGAAACCGAAUUGGCACCCCGUCGAGUGACAAAUAAUUUACUCUCUGUGGUUUUAGCAGCAUGGGCCUUGUGUUCUGAGGAGUGGAGUGCCGGAGUUUUCACAGUUGAGUGCUGGGGCACUGCAGAGGUGUGCGACAGUGAGAGGAAUUGAUACUCGCUGGUAAUCAGCAUGCAUAGCAAUGGCCAAGGUGUAAUGAAACAUAAGUGCACAGUUAGGGUACCAGGUGGGGCCCUGGGGCUUCGCAUGCACUGAGACCACAGCGAGCAGCCCAGCAGCACCAUGUGGCAGAUCCUCGAUUUCUCAUUAAUCCUUCUGUCCCCUAAGUCAGGGCCCCAUUGACUUUAAACAGCACUUCAUCUGUUCAGUGUCUCCUCUCAGCAGUGGAUGGAGGUGAUGUCAUUCAUGAUCGCGGCUGUCUGCAAUUUAUUAAAAUAAAUCAUCACUCUGAUUUUGUUUGGGAGUGAUGCUCGCCAUCCUUAGUGGCAGUCACGUGACUAGUCAGUCUAAACUGCUUACCAUUGCAAUAGUUAUUUUAACAAAGCAGAGCAGCUGCUUAUUUAAAUCAGCCAAAUGAUCUUUGGCCUUUGAAACAACUUACAAAUUAAAGUAUGAUAUACAUGUAAAAGAGUUAAUAGCUACUAAAAUGUAUUUUCUUUGCUUAUUUAAAAACUGUAUUGUAUUUAUAGAAGCUGAUGCGGCUUUUGCUUUAUGCAUCACCAAGAUUCUCUUUCUGGCAUGUUUCAGAAUGAGAGACCAGUGAAGGAAGUGUGCCACGAAUGCCACUGGGCUGCAUACUAAAGAAUGGCUGAAAUACUAAAAGAGACAGAGUGCCCGAGGUCUGUGGCGUGAGGAAGUAUGUUUAGAGCUUGCUGAAGGACUUAACUAGUGUUAGGGCAGCACAGGGAAGGCCCGCAGAGAGCUCCCAUCUGGCUGCUUUGGUUGUGAUUGGAAGGCACUGCAUCUGCCCUGUAGAACACAAACAGUGUUAGUAAAGACUUUCCUCAUCACUGAGUUUUCUAGGCUACAUACAGCAUGACGACGUGCGGUAUCUCAGGAUACUCUAGGUUGGACUCUAGAGCCGUGACUGUAUCUUAAUACCAUCGGCUUAGUGACUUUACCCACAGAAGUAACCCUCCUGGAUUUUGUCGUGUGAUACUCUGAAUGCUCUGAAAAUGGAAAGUGGCCUAUAUGAAUGCCCAGCGAUGUGGUGCUGAGGAUGGGAGAGCUUUUCUGUUGGUGUCAUAGCUGCUGUCUCUUUUCCCACUGGACUCCCACCUCUUGUCCAGACACAUUUAAAAUGCCCAACUGAAUUUCCCACGUUUGUUUUGAAUAUGCCUACUAGGAGGUAAAUUCACGUUGGUCUGCUCUUUUGUUUCUCUUUAUUCAUGUAGGCCUGGGAAGUGCUUGAGAUCCUCAUUGUUGCAGUAGGAGUAAAUAAUGUGGUGGUGGACAAAAACCACACCAGCAGCUCUUUCUCUAUCUCCUGAAGUUUGUUCAUUUGUGUUGAGAUCCCAGUAGAAAUAUCCCAGGAGAAUAUUUCUAUUCAUCAGCAAGCAUUUGCAAGAUCCCAUUGCUAGUCAAGCAGGCUGUGAGGUCUGCUUGCACAUAUGGUUCUAAGCAAGUACCUAUUCAACAAGCAGCAGUCUUCUCAUCUGAACCUUGGAGUCGCAAUUCUGGAUGCUGUGGUGUUCCUAUGGAGCAGAGGGUGUUUGUGAGAUAUGGCUGACCAGCGAGGACACCGGGGCCUAUGGCAGAGACAUUGGCACAGAUCUCCCCACACUCCUGUGGAAGUUGGUGGAAGUGAUUCCUGAGGGAGCCAUGCUGAGGCUGGGCAUGACAAAUCCACCAUAUAUUUUAGAACAUCUGGAGGAAAUGGCAAAAAUCCUCAACCAUCCCAGAGUCUACGCUUUCCUCCACAUCCCAGUGCAGUCCGCCUCUGACAGUGUGCUCAUGGACAUGAAGAGAGAGUACUGCGUGGCCGACUUCAAAAGAGUCGUGGAUUUUCUCAAGGAGAAGGUUCCUGGAAUAACGAUUGCUACGGAUAUUAUCUGUGGUUUUCCUGGAGAAACCGAUCAGGAUUUUCAAGAAACAGUGAAACUUGUUGAAGAGUACAAAUUUCCAAGCCUCUUCAUCAACCAGUUCUAUCCAAGACCCGGAACUCCUGCUGCAAAAGCCGAGCAGGUUCCAGCACAUGUGAAAAAACAAAGGACAAAAGAUCUUUCUCGGGUGUUUCAUUCCUACAAUCCAUACGAUCACAAGAUUGGCGAAAGACAACAAGUGCUAGUCACUGAAGAGUCUUUUGACUCCAAGUUUUAUGUUGCUCAUAACCGAUUCUAUGAGCAGGUUUUAGUACCAAAGAACCCUGCAUUCAUGGGGAAAAUGGUUGAAGUCGACAUUUACGAAUCAGGAAAGCACUUUUUGAAAGGACAGCCAGUAUCAGAAACCAGAGUGUAUACACCAUCCAUCAGCAAGCCACUGGCCAAGGGAGAAGUCUCAGGUUUGACAAAGGAAUUCAGAAAUAGGCUUGGGAAUCAUCCAAACGGAACUUCAGACACCUGUCCUGCAACUCAGCAUGGCUCUGCGUAUUCCAGAAUGGUGCUGCAGAUGUCCCAGUAUGACUGCGCACUGAAGGUGGCUACAGGCCUGGCUCUCCUCGCUCUCCUUUUGCAUUUCUGGCCAGACUCUUUGCUUACAAUGUAACUAAGUAAAGCCUCCAUAAGGAAUAAGUUUCUAAUUCAAGUGGUCAACAAACAAGAGGACAUCAACACCAGUUUUCAAGAGACUGCCUUCUGAACUAGACACACUGCCUUGUCUGGAUCUCUUCUGAAUGCCCUCACACUGAGCUGAGCCAUCUGACCUCAGACCAGAUCACAGCUUCUGAACAUGUCUUUCUCAUCAAACUCCUUCAGACUUCUUCCUAACAACAAAUACAAGUGGUUGGGUUUUUUGGUUGGUUUUUGGUUUUUUUUGUUUUGUUUUGUUUUUUUUUUGUUUUUUGUUUUGUUUUUUUUUUUUUUUGUCUCCAGUCAUUGAAUCCCAGCCUAAGUGCACAGAGGCUCUGCCUAUUCGUGGCUCUGGCCAUCCUUUCCUUGUGUGGAAGAACAUCCAGCCCUUAAUAAACAUUCUCCCGGCUGUGUUUGGAGUCCCCGUGCUACAAACAUCUUUUUCACAGCAGAUGUGUUCCUAAAAAGUUUAUAUAGAAACCUAUUUUGAGAACUUGGACCCAAGUCCACCACUUAAAGGACUCUUCCUGGCGUUCUAGAAAAUGUGAAGAUUCCAUGCCUGUGGCACCCACAAACUUUCAAACAAACCAUGAUCCUUUCCUGACACACCGACCAGGCAUGUUACAUUUAUCAUUUUGACCCAACACCACCAGCCGUCUUUACUAAAUGAAAUGACUUCUUUCACAAUAAACAGAAUUGGUACAAUAAGAAAA